CACACUUUGUGGAAAGUGGAAAGUGAAGAACACCAAAUUUGUGCUGCAUCAGGUCGGCCACCGCAACAACUCGAGCCUCCGUCGUCCCCGAGCUUGCCUCUUGCGGUCAACCCUUGCGUGUCCCGAAGGCCUCAUCUCCCAGACCGAAGCCCUCCAUACGCUUCGUCUUCGCACGCCGAUACCACAAAAACACGCGCUGUUCGCCUGAAGAGAGAGCGGGGCAAUUUUUCUGCACCCCUCCACAACCACAAAUCGCCCAUCAUGGCGCCCUCAUUCGACCACCUGCGCGAGGCCGAUCUCGACGACGACGAGUUCAACGAGGAUGAUAUUGAUAUUUCCGACCUGCGAGAGCGCUUCGAGGUCCAGCUGGAACAGGGCUAUGACAGCUUUGUCGUCAUCGACGGCCUGCCCGAGGUCACGGAGGAGCAGAAGCCCAAGCUGGUCAAGUUCUUGUUGAAGAAGCUCAACACUGUUGGAAAGACCCGGGAGGAGUUGAUAUACAUGCCCAUGGGCGACAACGGAAAGUCUCUUCGUUUCGCCUUUGUUGAGUACUCCUCUCCCGCAGAGGCCGCUGCCGCCACCCGCCAGCUGGACCUCGUUCCCCUCGACAAGAAGCACAUCCUCCGCGUCAACAAGGUCACCGAUAUCGAACGAUUUGGACGAGAAGGCCGAGUCGACGAGACCUACCAACCCCCUCACAUUGACGAGUUCGUCGAGAAGGAGCACUUGCGAUGGUGGCUCCGGGAUCCCGCUGAGCGUGGCCGCGACCAGUUCGUCAUGUACCGAGGCGACGAUGUCGGUGUUUUCUGGAACAACGAGAAGGAUCAGCCCGAGAGUGUUAUCAACCGCUUACACUGGACCGAGACGUUCGUCCAGUGGUCUCCCCUCGGUACCUACCUGACCUCUGUCCACGCCCAGGGUGUCCAGCUGUGGGGUGGUUCCUCGUGGUCGCGACAGGCCCGAUUCGCCCACCCCUUCGUCAACCUCAUCGCCUUUUCCCCCAAUGAGAAGUACCUCGUCACCUGGUCUAACAGGCCAAUCUCGAUCCCCGAGGAGGGCCACCCCGCUCUAUCUAUCGACGACGAUGGCAAGAACUAUGUCAUCUGGGACGUUGCUACCGGCGCUCCCCUCCGAUCUUUUGCCAACCUCGAGCCCCCCAAGGCUGAGGAGGGCAAGCCCCCGCCUAAGCUGCAGUGGCCCGCCUUCAAGUGGUCUGCUGAUGAGAAGUAUGUCGCUCGGUUGACCCAGGGCUCUUCCAUCUCCGUCUACGAGCUCCCGCGCAUGAACCUUCUCGACAAGACCUCAAUCAAGAUUGAGGGCGUGAUGGACUUUGACUGGGCGCCCGCGACCCCCCGCCGAGACGGUGUCAAGGAGUAUGAGCAGCUUUUCUGCUACUGGACUCCUGAGAUUGGCAGCAACCCCGCCAAGGUCGGAUUGAUGAGCAUUCCCUCAAAACAAGUCGUGAGAUCUCUCAACCUUUUCAGUGUCAGCGACGCUAAGCUGCACUGGCAAUCCGACGCCGCAUACCUCUGUGUCAAGGUCGACCGUCACUCCAAGUCCAAGAAAUCUCAGGCCACCACUCUGGAGAUCUUCCGCGUCAAGGAGAAGGGUGUCCCCGUCGAAGUUGUCGACACCAUCAAGGACACUGUCAUCAACUUCGCUUGGGAGCCCAAGGGCGACCGAUUUGCCAUCAUCACCACCACCGAGCCCGUCGGCGUUACCGCCGUUCCCCCCAAGACCUCAGUCGCCUUUUUCUGCCCCGAGAAGGCCAAGGGUCAAGUCGUCGGCAACUUCAAGCACCUCCGAACUCUAGACAAGAAGAACAGCAACGCCAUCUACUGGUCUCCUCGAGGUCGGUUCGUGGUGAUUGCCACCAUCCACAACCAGCAGAGCUCCGACUUGGACUUCUUCGACCUUGACUUUGAGGGCGAGAAGCCCGAGGCUGAGAAGGACCUCACCGCCAACCUUCAGCUCAUGAACGUCGCUGACCACUACGGCGUGACGGAUGUUGAGUGGGAUCCCUCUGGCCGAUUUGUCGCCACUUGGGCCUCAGUGUGGAAGCACUCAAUGGAGAAUGGUUACCACAUCUACGAUUUCCGCGGCGAGGCUCUGCGAGAGGAGCCCAUGGAGAAGUUCAAGCAGUUCGCCUGGCGCCCACGACCGCCCACCAUGCUCAACAAGGAUGAGCAGAAGCAGAUCCGCAAGAACCUCCGAGAGUACAGCCGUGUCUUUGAGCAGGAGGAUGCCGACCGUGGUGCCUCAGCCGAUUUGGCUGUUGUGGAAGCUCGCCGAAACAUGCUCGAGGAGUGGGUCUCGUGGCGCGAGUCGGUCGAGGCGGAAGCUUUGGAGGACCGAGCAGCUCUUGGCCUUCCAGCUGAUCCUCACGCUGCUCUUCUGGAGGCCAAGACGAGGUCGAUCGAGGGAGUUACGUCAGAAGAGGACCGGGUUAUCGAGGAGAUCGUGGAAGAUGUUCUUGAGGAGAGUGAGGAGGUUAUCGUUUAGACGGCUUCCCUUUUCUUGCAUUUGCAGGGAGUGAUUCGCUUGUACUGGUAGAAAAUUGGUCAGGGCGACGGGUCACAUAAUGAAAUUCUUCUACAUAUCAGGACGGGCAUCGGUUCUAGUUUGGUCGAAAAGCAUUCUUUUUCGCGUAACGGUCCAUGGCCAUCUCCCCUCAUGAAUACUUGAUGAACUUGUUACUCUUCGGGUUUGCCGAAUGUUUCCAAUACCAUGUCUAGCGAUAAGGCCUCGUCAUUUCGCCACGUGAACAUUUGGAUUGAAGCGAAAAGGGGUAUAUAUAUUCGUAUUCGAACCCCCAGGCCAAGGGGAAGAGCUGCCUUUGCAUUCCAUAGUCCUAGCAUGUACAUGUCCGCCCAUAGGUCUGCCCCAAUCCUGUUAAAGUACAUCCCAC